AUGAGGUUCAAGAAAGACUUAACCGAAAUCGAAAUUGUAGAUAUCAAGGAUCAGACAUCAGGAACCUUGUCGCAGAGGAUUACCGAUAAGCUGAGUGGUCUCAAAGGAUUGGCAGUUCAGCUUUACGACAUUCAGAAGUAUUUGUCUGAAGUGUCAGCCGGAACGCUGCCAAUUAAUCACAACGUCAUUUACUUGUUGCAGGAUAUCCUUAAUCUUUUGCCGGACAUCACUUCACCAGAGUUCGCACGCUGCGCCGUAGUUCAGACCAAUGAUUUGAUGUUGAUGAUAUACCUGGGAUCUUUGCUACGUUCCGUGGUUGCUCUGCAUAACCUUAUAAGCAACAAGCUGUCUUUGCGAGAUCAAGAGCGAGAAGACAAAGCUGAAUCAUCUGCUUCUAAAGCGGCACCUAAAAAAGAUGACCUGGCCGAAAAGAAAGCGUCUGACGAAAGUAAAGAGAAGAGCAGCAAAAUGCCGCGGAAAGAAGCAUAG